AUAAUCGAAGUCCACACUGCAGUCAUCAAUGUUGGACUCUGAACCAGGGUUCAUCUAUAAAACAUUCAUACAUCGGGGGUCCCAGUUCUCCUCAACAAAGACAUUCCUGGGAGAGACUAUUCCAUCACGAUGAGAUCGGCACAUUGCUCAAUUUUAUUUCUGAUCCUUCUGGCUGGAGUCUGUCCUAGUCGUGUUACCUGUUGGUGUUGGACGGAUGCAGCCCUUGUCGGAGGAGCUACUGUAGUAGGUGUCGCUGCGACUCCUUUUGUAAUAUCAGCCGGGCUAGGAGCUCUUGGAUUCUCUGCCGCCGGGACAGCCGCUGGGUCUGCUGGAGCCGCCCUGAUGUCCACCUAUGGCGGCAGUAUCGCCGCAGGCAGCGUCGUCUCUGUGAUGCAGUCGGUAGGCGCGGCUGGUGUAGGAGUAGCUGGUCAGGCGCUAGGUGGCGCCGUGGCAGGAACCACUGCCUAUGUCAUCAGCGGCGGCAAUUGUAACCCUAAAACUCACGAGUGUGAAAAAGAAAGGCGUUAACCUCCGAUUAUUGGAUUGCUCACCCGUUUAUAGCAACUUUUUCUAGCACGAGAGGUGGAUAUUGUUUUUGUAUUUUGUUUUUUAGCAUUGAUUGACUGGUGACAGGUUAAACGGCCAUCACGGAAACUGAACGCUCGAUAUAAGUAGAUCAGACGACCGUGUUCAUGAUUCAUGAACUAAUUCAAAUAUUUGAAAAAAAAAUUGAAUGCAUAAAAAAAAGAAAAUAAAUAAAUAAUAAAAAUGAAGCACUAUGAUGACAAGGAAAAAAGGGAAAACCAUCAGCAAAUAUGGAAAAAUAAGACAUAGGAUAUAUAUGACAUUUUUAGAAAAAACAAAAGAAUGAACGCUUACAAGAAAUAUAUUUUUGUGACACACUCCUUACUGUAGAUCCCUCUUUCUGACUCUCUAUGUCUCUCUCUGUAUCUCUCUGUCUCUCUCUCUGUCUCUCUCUCUGUCUCACUAUGUAUCUCUCUGAUUGUCUGUAUGUCUAUCUCUGUCUGUCUGUCUCUCUCUCUCUCUCUCUCUCUCUCUCUCUCUCUCUCUCUCUGUCUCUCUCUCCCUCUCAAUACAAGUUAACACCUCACUUUUCAUCUCUCUCUCUCCGUCUCAAUCUAUCCAGUUUUUAGUGUUUUUUCUCUACUUCUCUCUCUUUUUCCUAAUCUCUCCCUCCCUCUGUCCUGCAACCCUACUUUUUAUCUCCCUCUCGCAAUCUGAAUUUAUCUAAUUUCUUUCUCCACUUCCCGCUCAUUCCUAUCCCAUCUCUACCCCCACCCCCUCUGCACUAUCACACGCCCUCUCUAAAUCUAACUUUAUCUCUGUUUUCACUCUUUAUUUAUUAUUUUUAAGCCUUUAGGAAAUU